CUCAUGUCCGAACCUGAGAAAUUUUGGCUGCUCAAGGCAGAACCUGACUCUCGGAUCGUCAAGGGAAAAGAUGUAAAGUUCAGCGUCGACGAUUUUGAGGCAGUUGGUACAUCGUCAUGGGAAGGUGUUCGCAAUUACGAGGCGAGAAAUCUCAUGAAGGAGAUGAAAGUUGGAGACAAGGCUCUUUUCUACCAUUCGAAUUGCAAAGUUCCUGGAAUCGCUGCUUUCGCUGAGGUAGCCAAGGAAGCGUAUCCUGAUUACACUGCUUGGGAUCCUUCGCACCCGUACUUCGACCCUAAAUCAGACAAGGAGAAACCCAAGUGGUUCAUGAUUGACCUCAAGUUUACCGCCCGAGCACAGCACUUCGUUCCGCUGUCCUUCUUGCGCUACAUAGGCUCCCGCACUUCUGAAAAUGUCGAAUCUAUGCCCGAAAAGAUCAGUUAUAUCAGUCAGCCUGACGUAGAAGCUAUUCGAUCUAUGGACCUCGUCACUCGUGGACGUCUAAGCGUUCAGCGCGUGGAUAAGAAAGCCUGGGAUGCGAUCAAACUUUUGUCAGAGCAAGGAGGCUGGGAAGAUCUGGAUACCAAGCCGGAGCAGAAGAGACGGACAACAGCCACUGCUUCUGGUAAGAAAUCGAAGAAAGUCACUGCAAAGAGCAAGGAUGAUCAGUCUGGGGAGGAGGAAUCCGAUAAUGAACUGUCGAAAUCAACCUCGAAGCGAGGGAAGAAACGGAAAGCGACCACACCUCCAGAUGACAGUCGGUAUACUCGUAGGUCGACAAGGCGUCCCUCAGCUCCUGAUGCGACCGUCUAAUUUUUUUCUAUUAUAUGUCUGUAUAUAUUCCAAUUGUACUUUUGAACGCCUUGUGUGUGUAUUCUACUGUUUUCCAAUCGCAUGCUUUUAUUUGAGG